AGGACAGCCACACAGUCACUGGGCUGCAACUGGUGACAGGCGGGUCGCCGACGUAAUAUAAAAAAGUGUCCGCGGAUGUCAGUUGAAAUUAUUUAUAACCGACCGGAGCAAGAAUCGCGAAUCUAUAUGUAAUAAAUAUCAGAGUAUCUCCCGCCCAUAGGCCAAAGUAUUCCUCUUUGUAGUUAGAUCGCAGACCAACCCGCGCGCCUCGUAUACACUGUAUAUACUAUAUACAUACGGUUCGCCGCCCAAGACUUCCCAUUGUACUUGUACUAGAAACAUAUACGCGAUAUAUAUAUUAACAGUAUCAGAGCUAACACGCACGCGAUGGCAAGAUUGCACAGUGGUAUAAGUCACCCCAACUGAAACGGUGUAUAGCGAGGUACUAUCAUAGGGACAUACAGCCAUAUACAGUUAUUAGGAGGAGCAAUACUUGCGAAACCCGAACGCAAAACGUCUAUCCGCAUUGUACAACUCACACCAUAGGCAGCCAAGGUUACGAACCGCGUCAGUCUUAAUCUCGUUUGAUCUACAGUUGAGAACGUCGAGCGAAGCAUCAUUGAAGUCAGGUAGCAGGACGAGUGUUCAUGACGGAAGAUAUUCCUAAAGCCGCUACCCCGGUGGCCUCGGCGCCAGACAGGAUGGCACCGGCGCAGAUCGCAGCAGACACAUCCGCCCACGAUACAAAUAGUACAACCACAGCGAAUGAGAAGAGUACAAAAGGUAAACCGCAAAGUAUUGGAACCCCUUCGAUGUCACCCAAACCCCAACAACAACAACACCAACAACAAAAUCAACGGAGUGGCAAGAACACCCCUAAGUCGCAGAAUUCAAAUGGUCGAUCAUCAAACAACAAGAAUAAGAAGAACAGGCAAGAACAAGCACACACACACACCAACCCGCAGCAGGCUAGCACCAGCGGAGCCGCGCAGAAUGGGGUGCAGAGUGGGGAGGGGAUCAGCAACACGAACAUGUACAUAUCUGGGCUGAGUCCGGCGUUUACAGAUCAGGAUCUGAUUCUCAUGUGCAGUAAGUACGGCGACAUAGUGAGUGCGAAAGCCAUACUGGAUCAACAAACGGGGAAGUGCAGGGGAUACGGGUUUGUCAUGUUUAGCUUGCACGACUGUGCGCGAGAGGCUGUGGAUGAGCUGACCAAGCAAGGGAUGCAAUGCUCGUUUGCGAAGGAAACAUCGGCACGUACAAGCUCCCGCAACGUAUCCGAUGCACACUACGACGACACCAACCUGUACAUGGCUAACAUACCCCGCACGUGGAUGGAGGAAGACUUAUUGCAGAUGUUAAUGCCCUGGGGUACCGUUAUCUCUACCCGUGUGCUUCGAGAUAGCGGCGGCCUGAGUCGGGGGGUGGGGUUCUGUCGCAUGGAGACACGGGACCAAUGCGAGAAUAUCAUCAAUAACUUCAACCAUAUGAUCAUGCCGGGGUGCAUCCAGCCUCUGCAGAUCAGGUACGCAGACUCCACGACUGGAAAGAAGGGCGGGGGAGUGAGGUAUGGCUCCUGGGACGGGCAAAUGAUGGGGACACAGAGUGUGGGGGUUGCUGGAGGCAGGGGCAAUCGGAAAGGAAGCUUGGGCAAGAAUAGGGGGUCUAUAAAUGGGGUUGGGUGGAAUAUGCCAAUGCGAAUGGUGGAUGCUAACGGAAUGCUAAUCAUGCCCCAGAUGAUGGAUCAAAACGGUGUAUCGGUCCCUGUGCCUGGUACUGGAGCGAGCGCGUACUAUGCACCACAUGUACAGCACAGGGGAUCCUUACCGAACGUUAUGAAUGGCCCAGGCGGUCCUAUGCCCUUGUAUGGAGGUGCAGGGGUCAAUACGGGGGGUGCGGGGGGUGUUAAUAUGGGCCAACCGCAGAGGUACAUGCAGACGCCAAUGAGUGGAGUCAUGGGCAUGACUCAACAGCAGCAGCAACAACCAGGCCAAAAUCAACAGGCCCAGGCACAACAACACCUACACACAACACAGGCGAGCGGUGUACACACACCUCCAAACACGCCUGGAGAGGGCUGCACGACCAGCCCUACCCAUACGGGUCAACUCGUGGACCCCAGCGACAGCUUAGGUGGGAUGGGUGCCAAUGCUGCUGGGCAAUCGGCUUACAGCGCGGGGGACGAUGGAGACGCUAUCCACCAGAUGCAACAGCAGUUUCAGCAAAUGAACUUUGGCAUGAUGAUGCCACAGCACGCCAUGGGGAUGUACAAUGCAUACGGGCAGCCCAUGUGCAUGGUGCCACAGGGCCAACACCAUCAAAUGCCUGACGGGUGCCGUUUGCAACAACCCGGACAAUGGAUGGGUGGACCGCACCCGGGGCAACCAGACCAGCUAAACAUGGGCCUGACUAUGGGUGUGGCCGACGAGACAUCUGGGCUAGACCCAGCCGAUGGGACUACGCACAGUAAUCCAGAUGCAGUGGACGAGAGGGGUUCAUCCCCUCUGCCGAAUGCACAGUGAUUGGUACACAUGAUCUGUGCAGAGGUGCCACACAGCCCGUGAUGUGCAAGGCCAUGCCUGUGGAGUUAUUGGAGCCAGGGUACGUACGAAUAUCUAUGUUCGCAGUAAGGAACCCGAGAUGGCGGCAAUGAGCAAAGCGAUGGAACUGAAAUUAUCGGCUGUAAAGUGUGAAUUGUAUUCCGCACUCUGUAUGUCCAUUCAGUAUUGAAGGGGUAAACCCCGGGAAUCGACAGAGACAGUGGCGUUUCCUUUUGAAAUAAAGAAUUUAAGAACCACCCGAUACGCGAUAUGUCUUGAUAAGCAUUGCAAUUAUAUCUGUGGCAUGUGCUGCGUUCAUAACAGG